AUGGUGAGGACGCUACAAGCCCUUCGCGUCACCAUGCCUGAGCCCAACAUUCCUCCAUCCGUUCCGUCACAAACUAUUCCCAGUCCCAGUCACUCGUCUACCAGCCCACAUCUGGCAUUUCCCGAGAAAUUCGACGGCUCACCGGAAAGAUCGGGCGGAAAGGAGCCUGAAGAACAGUUACUCGCUCUACGACAAGGACGAAGCACAGCUGCGGAUUAUGCUCUCUCAUUCCGCACCCUCGCAUCACAGUCAGGAUGGGAGGACGAACCACUUAAACUGCUGUAUCGCAAGGGACUCACUGCCGAGUUAAAAGACCGUAUCUCACUGGAGUCCAAUCAGAGACUCUUACAGGAUCUACUGACACACACAGAGAACAGCUCAGAGAGCAUCAGGAAAACCACACAGUUCAUUAAAGAGAAGAUCAAAGAUGGACAUGGACUCUCCACUGAAAGAUCCAUCAAUCUGUUCCUCUGUCUGCUGGAAGUGAAAGAUCAGACUCUGUCCAGAGAGAUUCAGGAGUUUGUGAAGUCAGACAAGCACUCAGAGAAGAAACUCUCUCCUGCUCACUGCUCAACAAUCACCUACAUGCUUCAGAUGUCAGAGGAGCCGCUGGAUGAGCUGGACCUCAAGAAAUACAACACAUCAGAUGAGGGGAGAAGAAGACUGGUACCAGCUGCGAUCAACUGCAGAAAAGCUCUUCUUGCUGGCUGUAAUAUCAAUGCUCUGUGCUGUCAGAGUUUGUCAUCAGCUCUACAAUCCUCACACUCUGUCCUGAGAGAGCUGGAUCUGAGUAACAAUGACCUGCAGGAUUCAGGAGUGAAGCUGCUUUCUGAUGGACUGAAGAGUCCAAACUGUCAGCUGCAGAUUCUGAGGUUGUCUGGCUGUAUGGUGACAGAGGAAGGCUGUGGUUAUGUGUCUUCAGCUCUGAGUUCAAACCCCUCACACCUGAGAGAGCUGGAUCUGAGCUACAAUCACCCCGGAGAUUCAGGAGUCCAGCUUCUCUCUGAAAAACUGGAGGAUCCAAACUACUCACUGGACAAACUCAAUUUGGAUCAUGGAGAACAUUUCAGAAUCACACCAGGUUUGAGAAAAUAUGCCUAUGAUCUCACACUGGAUCCGAACACAGUAAACGCUCAACUCGUCUUGUCUGAGGAAAACAGAAAGGUGACACGUGUGGAAGACUAUCAGCCGUAUCCUGAUCAUCCAGAGAGAUUUGUUGAGUGGUGUCAGAUUCUGUGUACAGAGAGUCUGAUUGGACGCUGUUACUGGGAGGCUGAAUGGAGUGGAUGGUCUUAUAUAUCAGCGGCAUAUAAAGGAAUCAGUAGGAAAGAAGGAAAUAACUCUUGGUUUGGAUACAAUGACAAAUCUUGGAGUCUGAACUGCUCUAAAAAAGCAUUCACUGUCUGGCACAAUAACAAGCGAACUGAAAUUCCUCGCCCUUCAUCCUCUAAUAGAGUAGGAGUGUAUCUGGACUGGUCGGCCGGCACGCUGUCCUUCUACAGCAUCUCUGACACACACACACUCACACUCACACACUUAUACACAUUCAACACCACAUUCACUGAACCCCUCUAUGCUGGGUUCGGGGUGUUUGAUUCCUCGUUGACUCUGUGUCAAAUUAAACAACCUGCUGAGUAG